GCUCGAGCCAAUCUCCCCAAGAGCAACAAGUGGAGGUCAGCUAGCAAUACUAGCUAGGCCCGCAACUUGUGCCGUAAUCUGUAUGUGCUCGGGAGCUGCAUGCGCGCCAGAGGGGAAAAGGAUGGAAGGGGAAGGGGAGAAGAAAAUGCUUUGUAGAUCCGGAUCUCCAGAACGGCCCAAGGCGGACAGGCCGGCUCCAGACUCGGUUGAGCCAACGCAUCAGUCAGUCCACCAUCACCACGGGUCUGGUCUCGCCUUGCCUUUCCUUGCGACUCCGCCUGGCUGGUCCCUCCCUUUCCGUAGCUGUGAAUUUCCAUCUUGCUUCUGCCAUCUCUGCGCGCCGUGUGUUGUUGUUGUUACUGCUGUUGUUGUGGUGCCGCCCAACUUGAAGCCAUCGCCAGCAGCCUCGUUGACGAGCAUCAGCCUUUGUGACUGUGGCGAGACCAUUGACUACUGGCUUUGGCCGAUAAGCCAACAUUGGCAUAACUACUCUUUUAAUUCUUCAGUUUACUUCUUUUAAAGAAUACUCGAGUAUAUUCCUGCUCGUCUGCAAGGCAGCAAAUAAGCGAAAGGCAAAGCAAAUCAAGGCAAAAAAAAACAAAAAAACAAAAAGCACUCGCGCUGUGGCAGCUUCCAGUCCAGUCCAGCCCCAGACUCUGCGCAGGCCGUCAUCGCCAUCAUAUCAUUCUUUAGCGAGGCUUUUCCUGCCAGCCCAGCUCUAGCCGACUUUGUCAUCCACCCAUCAAAUCCCAUCCCAUCCCAU